AUGUCUAGUCUGCGCAUAAAACCAAAACUCAAACCCGUCAAAGCAACACAGGCUAUGACCAUGGCGUGGUAUUGUUCUGGAUCUACCAAUACUGAAUUGGUCGAGAACCUAUUCAAGGCUGGAUUGAUACAGAACGAGCGUGUGAAAGAUGCCAUGAUAGGAGUUGAUCGGGCACAUUAUGCUCCAUCAAGGCCAUAUUCAGACUCGCCUCAGCCCAUUGGACAUGGAGCCACUAUAUCAGCACCCCACAUGCAUGGCCAUGCAUGUGAGUAUCUGAUUGAUUAUCUCAAACCAGGUGCUCGAGCGUUGGAUAUUGGAUCUGGUUCAGGAUACUUGACUCAUGUCCUUGCCAAUCUGGUGACCGAUUCCAAUGCCCCGGGACAGGUGAUUGGCAUUGACCAUAUCUCCGAGCUGACAAACCUGGCGCGCACCAACAUGAACAAGUCCAAGAAAGGUACUGAGUUCCAGACAUCUACAACCGUCAAGUUUAUUACUGGCGAUGGACGCCUUGGAUGGAAAGAAAGCGCGCCAUAUGAUGCCAUCCACGUUGGUGCCGCUGCCGACAAGCUUCACCAAACGCUGGUGGAUCAGCUGCGUGCUCCCGGGAGACUCUUCAUCCCGGUGGAAUCGGAAGAUGACGAGAAUGCCAUGGAUAGCCUCAGCGGUGGUCAGUAUAUCUGGGUGGUGGAUAAAAGGGAAGACGGAUCCAUUCACAAGGAGAAGGUCUUCCAAGUGAGCUACGUGCCCUUGACAGAUGCUCCACGAGAAUGA